AUGGGUAUUUAUUCUGAAUAUUUAUAUUUAACCUUAAGAAAGAAUAUUUACAAAGAUAACUUUAAUAUCUUGUCAACAUUUACUCAUUUUAAUCGUCGUUGUUUUGUAUAUUGUCUUAUUCGACGAUUAUUUUCAAUAGUUACUAACGAUUCUAUAUUAUCUUCAUCACUUAUACACAUUUGCAUCAUAGAGAAUGAUCUAUCUGAUUUUUAUUUAACACAAAAUUUAGUUAAACUUCGUCACAUAAUACCGACAACAAUUGAUAUUAUUGAAAAAUUACCUUCAUUUUGUUAUCUUGUUCGAUAUGAUAAUGUUGUAUCUGAUCAUCUUGAAAUAAAAAAUGUUAUAUAUAUAUUUACAAAAAUAGUUGAACAUGAACAUGUGAAAGAACUACAAGAAUUUUAUUAUAAUAUUUACUUAUAG